UUUUGGCGGCACCGCAGCAACAGCCACAAGCACGUGCUGAGGCCAACAGACGCCGAAAGGGAGGGCCAGCUCGAUAGGGAAGACUGUCUCUACUACCAAAGCCGAAGAGGACGCGCCAAUCGGCCGUCUGAGAAAAAAAAAAUAAUGCUGUAUCCCCCGUAUCUUUGGUCUCUUCUUGGUCUCCACCCACACAUGUCCUGCCUUAGGCCAGUUAUUAUGGAAAGGAUUCCCAACUGGGAAUCCCGAAAUUACGCCUUUUACGUCCAAACCCCCAUGCAGCAGCAGAAGUUCUGCGCACUUGGUUGGAAAAGCACACCAACGCGCUUUGUCAAUCAGUACUCGCCUCAGAGAGACCCGUUUGCGAUGAAACCUUCGAGGCUGUACGCUUGA